CGGCAGUGGCCGUGGCCGUUAUCGUUGAUCCCGGCGGCUGUGCCGGCGGCUCCCAGGUUCGUCGGUGGCCACCUAGAACAGCCCAGCGCCGAGACCCGGGAGGGGAGACGGCGGCGGCUGGUGCCCGGCCCCCUUCUUGGCAGCUCCAGCCUCAGUGCGGCUGCGGACUCCGGGCUGCCCCGGGGCGGCGGCCGAGCAGACGGCCGGGGAUGGCCGGAUAGCGGCGCGGGAGUGCGGGACUGACUGCACUGAUAGACGAUGGAUAUUCACUUGUGCUGGAGACAACCAUCCUGGAUGGUAGGCAACAAAAGAAUGAGGUCAACUUCAAAUUUCCAGUGGCUCUUAUCAACAUUUAUUCUUCUGUUUCUGAUGAUUCAAGUAAAUAGCCAGAAAAGGGGGAUACUUCGUGAUUUGAAAUGUACAACGAACAAUUUACAAGUGUGGGACUGUUCUUGGAAAGCACCCCCUGGAGCAGGCCAUGCUACUGUUAAUGAAGUUUGCAUUAAAGACAGGACCCAUUCAUGUCACCGAUUAGAGAAAACAAAUAUUAAAAUCCCAGCUCUUUCACCUGGUGAUCAUGAAAUGACAAUAAGGUCUCUACAUGAUUUUGAAAGUUCUUCAAGUAAAUUCAUACUAACUGAAAAAAAUGUCUCCUUAAUUCCAGACACUCCAGAGAUCUUGAAUUUAUCUGCUGAUUUCCCGACCUCUACAUUACACCUAAAGUGGAAUGACAAGGGCUCUGUUUUUCCACAUCACUCACAUGUCAUCUGGGAAAUUAAAAUUCUACGUACAGAGAGUAUGAAGCUCAUAAAAUUUGUGACAUACAACACAACUCUGAAUGGUAAAGAUACAGUACAUCACUGGAGUUGGGCCUCAGACAUGCCCUUGGAGUGUGCCACUCACUAUGUGGGGAUUAGGUGCUACAUUGAGUACCUUCAUUUCUCUGGUCACAGAGAGUGGAGUGACUGGAGCCCAAUGAAGAACAUUUCUUGGAAUCCUGGUACUCAGACCAAGGCUUUUCCUCAGGAUAAAGUGAUACUUGCAGGCUCAGACAUAACAUUUUGCUGUGUAAGUCGAGACAAAGUGAUACUAGCACAGAUUGGCAGAACAGUUUGUCCCCUUAUCCACCUCGAUGGGGAAAACGUUGCAAUCAAGAUCCAGAAUAUUUCUGUUUCUGAAAACAGUGGAACAAACGUGGUUUUCACGACAGAUGAUAACGUGUAUGGGACAGUCGUUUUUGCAGGAUAUCCACCUGAUAUUCCCCAAAAACUGAAUUGUGAGACACGCGAUUUAAAGGAAAUUGUGUGUACGUGGAAUCCAGGAAGGCCAACAGGAUUGGUGGGUCCACGAAACACAAAUUACACUUUAUUUGAAAGUUUUUCAAGGAAGUACGUUACAUUUAAAAGACUUGAAACAUUUGCAAAUGAAAGCUACCAGUUACUCUUCCAAAUUCUUCCAAGUCAAGACAUUUACAAUUUUACCCUGAAUGCUCGAAAUCCUCUGGGGCAAUCAGAGUCAACAGUGUCCAUCAAUGUGACCGAGAGAGUUUCUCCCCAUACUCCUACUUCAUUGAAAGUGAAGGACAUUAAUUCAUCAGCCAUUGCUCUUUCUUGGCAUUUGCCAGGCGAUUUUGCAAAGAUUAAUCUUGUGUGUCAAAUUGAAAUUAUUAAAGCUAAUUCAAAACAAGAAUUGCGGAAUGCCACAAUCAAAGGCGUAGAAAAUUCAAGUUAUCUCGUUGCUGUGGACAAAUUAAAUCCAUAUACUGUAUAUACUUUUAGGAUUCGUUGUUCCACUGAACCUUCCUGGAAAUGGAGCAAAUGGAGCAAUAAAAAACCACAUCUGACCACAGAAGCCAUUCCUUCAAAAGGACCAGAUACAUGGAGAGAGUGGAGUUCUGAUGGAAAAAAUUUAAUAAUCUAUUGGAAGCCUUUACCCAUUAAUGAAGCUAAUGGAAAAAUACUUUCCUAUAAUGUAUCCUGUUCAUCAGAUGAAGAAACACAGUCCCUUUCUGAGAUCUUUGAUCCUCAACACAAAGCAGAGAUACAACUUGAUAAAAAUGACUACAUUAUCAGUGUGGUGGCGAAAAAUUCAGUUGGCUCAUCACCACCUUCUAAAAUAGCUAGUAUGGAAAUCCCAAAUGAUGACCUCAAAGUAGAGCAGGCUGUUGGAAUGGGAAAGAAGAUCCUCCUCACCUGGCAUCAUGAUCCCAACAUGACUUGUGACUAUGUGAUUAAGUGGUGUAACUCAUCUCGGCCUAAGCCCUGCCUCAUGGACUGGAAAAAAGUCCCUUCAGACAGCACUGAGACUAUAAUAGAAUCUGAUCAGUUUCGACCUGGUGUAAGAUACAAUUUUUUCCUGUAUGGGUGCAGAAAUCAAGGCUAUCAAUUACUGCGUUCCAUAAUUGGAUAUGUAGAAGAACUGGCUCCAAUUGUUGCACCAAAUUUUACUGUUGAAGACACAUCUGCAGAUUCAAUAUUAGUAAAAUGGGAAGAUAUUCCUGUAGAAGAGCUCAGAGGCUUUUUAAGAGGGUAUUUAUUUUACUUUCAGAAAGGAGAGAGAGACACAACUAAGAUGCAGGGUUUAGACUCAGGUCGUUCUGACAUCAAGGUAAAGAAUAUUACUGACGUAUCCCAGAAGACACUGAGAAUUGCUGAUCUUCAAGGUAAAACAAGUUACCAUUUGGUCCUGAGAGCUUAUACAGAUGGUGGCCUGGGCCCAGAGAAGAGCAUGUUUGUGGUGACAAAAGAAAACUCUGUGGGGUUGAUUAUUGCCAUCCUUAUCCCAGUGGCUGCAGCUGUCAUUGCUGGAGUGGUGACAAGUAUCCUUUGCUAUCGGAAGCGAGAAUGGAUUAAAGAAACUUUCUACCCAGAUAUCCCAAAUCCAGAAAAUUGUAAAGCAUUACAAUUUCAGAAGAAUGUCUGUGAGGGAAGCAAUGCUCUUAAAACAUUGGAAAUGAAUCCUUGUACCCCAAAUAAUGUUGAGGUUCUGGAAACUCGAACAGUUCCUAAAAUAGAAGAUACAGAGAUAAUCUCCCCAGUAGCCGAGCGCCCUGAAGAUAGCACUGAUGCAGAACCUGAGAACCAUGUGGUUGUUUCCUAUUGCCCACCGAUCAUUGAGGAAGAAAUACCAAACCCCGUAGUGGAUGAAGCAGGAGGGACUUCACAAGUCAUUUACAUUGAUGUUCAGUCCAUGUAUCAGCCUCAGGCCAAACCAGAGGAAGAACAAGACAUUGACCCUGUUGUGGGGGCAGGCUAUAAGCCACAAAUGCACCUCCCCAUUAACUCUACUUUAGAAGAGACAGCUACAGAAGAUGACACAGAUAAAACUGCAGGUUACAGACCUCAGGCCAAUGUAAAUACUUGGAAUUUGGUCUCUCCAGACUCCCCUAGAUCCACAGACAGCAACAGUGAAACUGUGUCGUUUGGAAGUCCUUGCUCCAUCAAUUCCCGGCAGUUUUUGAUUCCUCCCAAAGAUGAAGACUCUCCUAAGUCUAGCGGAGGAGGGUGGUCCUUUACAAACUUUUUUCAGAACAAACCGAACGAUUAGCAGUGUCACUCUUGUCACUUCAGUGUGCCAUCUCAGUAAGCUCUCAUUGCUGGUAUUGCUGCACAGCCUGGGGCAUUCCUGGAGAGACCUGUGAAGUACUGGUGGCCAGGAAACUUCACAACAUGUGAGUUACGCUGCAAGUGUUAAUGUGCUUUUAAUGUAGUCGAAAAGCCAAAGUACAGUGACUCAGAAUCCUCAGCACUCAAAACUCAAGAUUUGGAGCUGUUCGUGAUCAAGCCAAAGAAUUCUCCUUCAAGAAGCAUUUUAAGGCUAAUUCUGUCUACAUGUGUGCAAACAAAUUCCAUAACUGUUUUCUGUUGUUAAUGGUUUUCUCAUGUGUAUACAUUAGAGGAUUACAAGCAGAUUUGCAGGCAAGGAAAAAAAAAUGUCAAGUCAUACAAUGUUUAUUUGCCUGCCUUUACUCCAGUCUAGGGGAAAACCAAGCACAGAUUUGCAAACUUUGAAGAUGAUUCUUCUCAAUCCUCAGCAGUUUACAAGAGUUAAUAUAAUUGUUAAAGUAGCAGCAGUUGUUUAGUGUUCUGUUUGAUAAAGUAUGCAGAUUUCUGUGCCUACUGUAUAAUGGUUAUCAAACAUUUGUCUCAGGGGUGCAAACUUGGACAGUGAGCAUGACACUGACCAGCCCAAAUCAGAAUCACACUUGCUCGCAUUGCUAGGUUUUUCAAACCUUUUCAUUAUUUUUUAGCUUUUAUGCUAGCUUCCCUCAUUGCAGUUGGUUGCCCUAAUAUUUGAAAUUUAAAUUUCUAGAACUACAGAUUGAAGGUUCUUUUAAUCCAUUUUAUUUUGUGAUACAGUGUCAGCUUUAUGUGAGCAAAUUCAAUGGUGUUCAUAAGGAUAUAAAUCCAGUGAUUUACUAUGUGAGAUGACUACUAAGCAACAUCGAGCAGCAUUAGCUGGUUAUGUAGCCUUGUUGCCUUUAGUUCUGCCUGAGAAGACUGUGCCAUCAAACCCAGUCACCAACUGGUGAUGAUCCUUGAUGCCUCCUGGCAGGUUUUCCUCCUGCUCAUGAGUCAUAGUACUUUCUCCCUCUUAAGUGAUCUUUUGUCCAGACUCAGAUACAGUACUCAAAUUCUAAGCAUAAAACUAAAAUGAGAAUGCUUUUUCAGUAACAGUUACUUAAGGGCUAUUUCAUAUUAGAGUUCUUAAAACCGAGUCGAGUCAAAUCAUUGGACAUACUUGUAUGUGGUUGGAGAUGAUCUGUGCAGAGCCACACAUCCUCAGCACAGCGCCCUGCACCCGCCCCAGCUUCUCUUCCUGGAUGUCUGAAGUGAAUGUGGUCCUUGGAAAAGCAGAAUGAAAACCUAAAAAAUGUGUUGUGUAUUUUUCCUGCCCUCAGGUUGUCUAUAUAUUUUGUCUUGAUAGUUAAAACAAAAGUACUUGAAAUUUUGAAACAUCUGAUAAGAUAGACUUGUUUGAUUAUUUUUGAGCUCAUAAUGUAUCUUUUUAAAGACCAUGUUAUGGGGGAAAAAAAACAUGACAAGGGACAAAAUCUAUUAGGUACUCAGUGUAUGAAUCCUGAUUUUUAACUGCUAGGAUUCAAGUAACUCUGAACUUCAUGAUAUGAUACAGAUAUAUUGAAUUAAAUAUAAUUAACAAUGCACAUAAAUAGUAUAUUAAACUAUAUAAUAGCUCAUAGAAAUGUUCAGUAAUGAAAAAUAUAUCAUACCAGACCAAUCCCUAAACAGAGUUUUCUCUUGUCUUCCUCUGUAUCCUCUUUGGCUCCUUCCCUCAGCCCCUUUCCAACCCCAAACACUGACCUGGGGCUGUCUCCUGUUCCUGUCACAAUUUGUCAUUACCAUGUUCCCCCUGAAACUUACUGAUCCUGUAUUUCAUCUCUUUAGGUCAUGGCAAGCACUGGCUAAAGUAAUAGCAUACUAGUUUAAACUACUAAACCUGAGAACACAGGAAGAGAUCAGAAGAAACUGUCUGAUCCCUGUCAUCAUCUCCACUGUGCCCUUUCUAGCCUAUGUAAUGAUGUGUUUGGGUAGUGAUAAAUAUCCCUGGGGCUCCUGACUCCAGGAUUUCAAUGUGUGAAGCAGGUUCCUAGCUCUGCUCACCUCCCCUACCCUCUGAGGUACCCAAGGUUCGCUGGGUUAGUGAGAAGCAGAGUAACCCUCUAUUAGUCUGGGCAAGCUCGUUGUAACUUGCUCUGAGACCAGAGCAGUUUCCUUGUUUUUCCUCAUUGAAUUGAAGACAGCCAGACCCUUUGCAGGGUUGUUACCCCACCAUCCCCCCUCCACCUGUGGAUAUAGAGGGAACUUUAAAACAGGACAAGGAGCGGGAAGGAAAAGGGAGAGAACACCCUUCGUUACAUACCCUGUUGUGUGGGAAUUCCGUAAGUGUCCACUGUUUUGUCAAUGCAGGGGCUGUGCCCAUGUGUGCAAGAUGGUCUGACAGUGGUCAUGGUCUGUCCAGUCAGCAUAGCUGCUUCUCCUGGGAGGGUUAAUAUUAGUUAGAGGGAGAGACGGCAUGUGUUCCCUCUAGCCCUUCCUAACUGGGAAAAAAAUGGGAAAUACCUCUUUCCUGACAAAAGCCUAAUCAUUGGUUAAAAAAUUCUAAAUGUCUAGACAAGAAUUAUAUUCUGUUAUGUCAAUUAAAUAGAAUUAUAUUGUCACCUCUUUUGUAAGCCAAUUUCAAGUCAAGCUUCCCUUAUGAGCAAUGGAAAUUCCUAGGGUCAUUAUAACAUUUGUGAGUUUCUUUUGUGAAAUACAAAACAUUCUUAACUACAUAACUAGGCUUUGACAUUUGCUAGACCUUGUGAAUUAUGUACUGCAUGGAUUAGUUAGCACAAGUAUGCAGUCCCUGUCAUCAGUCCAGUUAACCUGUGGAGCCCUGAGUUGAGACUCUGGCCCUGAGUAUCUGGAGAGUUGGGUGUGUGUUUCUUUGCCAUGUGAUAGAGGUACUUUGUCCUUGGAGCUGGAAACAGAAGCAGCCAUUCACUGAAAAGCUUGAGAGAGGAAGUGUAAGCCUCGUUUUCCAUACCAGCAUUACUUUCACGGCUCAUGGAGCUGAAGGAUUGCAUUUAGAACAUCUAGUGCUAGUGCACUCAGAAACGUAAAAAGUCACAUUCUCAAAACUUCAUGCAAACUCUUAUUGAAAAUCAGUCCAGUGAUUUCUUAAUUGUCUUUAUAC